UCGCCAUUUUCGAUUCUACAGUCACAGUCACAAUCGUUGCAGUCGCGAAUGUCAUGUCUUCGUUACGGUCAUUGGUCAUUACCGUCAGCAAUUGGAUUUUAUUCGAGCUAAAUAUUUUCGGUAUUCGUACACAUAAUGGAAAUUUUGUAAAAGUAAUUUGAGAUAUAAUUUAUCCCACUUGUGGCUAAGAGUGAGAAGAGCAUUUUAAGUAAAAUUAGAGCUUCAAAAAGUGUUAAAAGAAUCAACCGAAUACAUGGUAUGCAAUUAGCCGAAAAUUAAAAUUCUAAAAGCAAACAAACCCAAACUUACACAAAAUUCGUCGUGAAUUGUAAUAAAUAAAGAAAAAUAUCUAUAUAAGUGCGGUGGAAAAUUUAAUAAACUACUUACAACCUAUCUAUUAUUUUAUAUUUUGUCUACAUCAACAUCAACGAUUAAAAAAAAAGCCAGCAACAAACGGUGAACCACAAGCAAAGCAACCAGUCAUUCAGGCAGCGACCAUCGACUUUCAUCACGAUUCGCUCUCCUCUCAAUAUGUUGCGUCGUAGCAAAACAGCAAAAGUUUGAUUGGAAUCGGUAUUAGUAGUGACUGCCGUGACGGAAACCGUAGUAUUAGUGCUACCCUUCACUACAGUGGACAAGAAAAAAGAGAAAAAAAUAUAUACUUACAAAGUUGUGUUCCUACAAUGCGCGCUGCUGUUCUUUCUAUCUAUAGUAACGUCGGCGGUACUCGCACCGUUCACUCGUUCGCUCUUUUGUUGGCCGCUUAUUCGUUUGCUCGUUUAGUUAGUAGUCCGUUCCUUUGCACUGUUUAUCGUUGACGGUGGUGUUGUUGCAUGAGUUGUCAUCAGCAGUGGCAAAACUCGCGCAAAAACUUCGAAGAGCACAAAUUUCAUUGUCGCAGAACGGUGUUUACUUGUGUUGGUGAGACAUCGCAGCCACAGUAGCCGAUCUUAGUAGUCGUCAGAAUUGUAGUGUGUGAUUGUACUAACUGCACCGGUGUUAGUUAAAUUGUGGUUGGUUGGUAAUUUCGAAUUUGAUUUACCUGAAUCCGAAUGUUAAUUCGAAUCGGAAUCUCUAUCCAGUAUAGCGAUGAAAGUGCAUUGCCAAAUAAAGCACAAUAAAAAGAAAAUUAAAGUGAAAUAAGUGCAUGAAAAACCAAAGAAAAUGUUUAACUAAUUGCAUAAAGAAAAUAGUGGAAAGCAAGGUGUAGAAAUAAGUAAAUAAUUAUAAAUAUAGCAAUUUUACUAGCGAAAAUAAUAAAUACAUACUGUGAACAGAAAAUCAGUAGUGAUGAAAAAAUAAACGGCGAUGUAAGGGGAAUUCCUAAGUUUUACCUGUACGUCCCAGCUUGUUAAACGUGUGUGUCUUGUAUUAUUUAUCAAUUUGUUCACAUUUAUGCGAUCAAUGGCUACAGAUCCAACAAAACAGAAUACUAUGAAAGAUAACACAUCGACAGGUCAUCAUAUGUAACACUAACUAAUAUAAACAACAGACGCCGUCAAUGACGUAGUCACAGUAGCAAGAAUAGAAAUAUUUGGUUGCAACACAGAGGCCGCGAAGCUUUUGUCUUGCUUUGUGCAGUGCUUAAUUCAAUUGCAGUAUAUUGCUGAAGCGCGAAUUGCUUAUUAUCAACGAUAAUUGAGAAAAUGAGGAGCUGUUGUGUAAAAAAAAUACAUGAACUAUGACGCAUCAAAAUCAUCAGACCAACGGCGCUAGUUUGGAGGAUUGCCACACAAACUUCUUUGCCCUGACUGAUUUAUGCGGUAUUAAAUGGCGUAAGUUCGUUAAUGGCGAACGAGUAAAUGUGUCGAGUGAUCCUUUGGAUGAUCCCAUCCUGCGCUCCUAUUCACGAUGCAUGCAAGCUGACAUUCUUUGUGUGUGGCGACGCAUACAAUCCACCAAGCAGGAGAAUUCCGAUCCUAAUGCGCUUUUUGAGAUUAGCUCAUCGAAAGUACAUCCCCCACUUUCGUUGGCCGCCGCCAAAGAAUUAUGGAUAUUUUGGUACGGGGAAGAGCCAGACCUUAGCGAAUUGGUAGAUGCGGAAUUGUUGAAAGUUGCCGCAAACCAAGCACUAUGGAAUGGAACCUGGGAACGAGGUCUAACCUACGAGUGUCGCUCUCUUCUCUUCAAAGCUUUGCACAAUCUAAUGGAGCGGUUCGUGUUGACCAAAGAUAUUGUGCGUUUUGGAAAAUGGUUCGUUCAGCCGUGUACUUCAAAUGAUCGUCUAUUUGGUCGAAGUUCGCAGCACCUUUCAUUUUCAUUUACGUUCUUCGUGCAUGGAGACACCGUGUGUGCAUCAAUCGAUCUAAGAGAACACCCUGCGGUACGUCCAUUAACGAAGGAGCAUUUAACGGAAGCGGCUGCCGCUUUUGCUGCCGCUACGAAUUCGCAAACACUGUCGCAAUCUCAUGAACAUGGCAAUAUAACUAAUUUGCCGGAAGAAGUGGCGAGCCCACAUUCAAACAAUGGAGGAAAUGGGGAUGGUGCAACCACCCCAAAUACCUCAAACUCAUCCUCCUCCCCCAGACCUCGAAGGGUUAUAUUGGCGCCAUUUGGCAUGGCGGCAACACUCACUGGUAAUAGCUUUAAAGCUACGGAUCCAACGGCUGAGAAGAUUUUGGAAGAUUGGGCAUCGUUUUUCCCAUUGUGCAAUAAGGAGAACUCUGAUGUGCCACCGGUGGUUGAAGUUGUCUCAGGCGGACAUAAAAUGUAUCAUCCCUCAAUUUAUGUACUAGUCACUGAUUUGGAUGACAUGGAGGAAAUGGAGGCGGCUGCUUCGCAAAAGGGUUCGCUGGGCACAACAUCAUCUGCGGAGGCUGCUGCAUUGGCCGCCAUUUCAGCUGCGAAUUCCAAUGAAUAUGCUGGCGGUGGUAGUCGAAAACCAACAUCGCAUCACCCUGGUGGUGUACAACAACAGCAACAACAAAUGCACGCUGUAACCACUGUAACUACAACAACCGUUGCUACAUCAAGCAGCCAAGGCAGUGGCAGCGGCAGCAACAGUGCAGGUGGAGGUGGAGGUGGUCGUGGAUUAGGUAGCAAUAGCAGCAUUGCAAUGGUUGAACAACGUUUGCAUAAUUUGACGGCAAGUGUGCAACCCCACUACGAUACCACUGCGAGUAGUUUUACUGGCAGCACAACCAAUACUCAUGCCUCACCACAGGCAGCAACAGAAAUGCCAGAACGCGUAUGGCAGGAUUGUAUAACGAAUACCUUGCAUGUGGCAUAUGCGGCCAGCGUAGCGACUUCAGUAGCAAGCACUGGCGUGACAACCGGGGCAGCUGGAUGUAACAUAUCAUCCCAUCCCACUAACGUCGGCGGAGUUUCUGCUAUUUCGGGCACCACUGCAACGGGCAGUAGUGCAGUAGGUGGCGACGAUUGCAAUUCCGCUAGUAGUGGUAAUAAUAGGAAUAGCGAAAACAAUGGCGGUGGCGUUGGCGGUAGCGGUAGCGGUUGCAGUGCUAUGGACACUCAAAAUGCCAACACAAAUACGAGUGACAUGAAAGAUAUUAAAGACAUAAAUGGAAUGGAGACGAAAUUGCGAAUGCAGCAGCUACAAUUUUGGGGAUUUGUCGACCCAUUGGAAAAAGCACCUUGUACAUGCACAAAAACUCUUAAUCCUGCAUCGAUGACGCCGCACGAUACACCACAUGGCGGCGCUUCAACUUACUCGCGUAACUCAGUCGGCGACUUGAUGCCAGUUCCAUCAGUAGGCUCACCGGGCACACCUGCACAGUCGCCACAUCCGAAUUCAACCCUAUCACAGCCUACAUCGGUACCACCGGCCGAUCAAUUAAUGACUAUGAGUCCACGUGCACCACCUUCUGUACCGAAUUUGCAACAACCACCAACACCGAUUGAUCAUUUGUUGGACAAGAACACACCGGCGCCUACCCCCACCGACCAGCAUGAUAAUAAAAGCAUCACAACCUCGCCGUAUGUACGGCCUACGCCAAGCGUUGAGCCGCCACCAUCUGUAGAGGGCAUGGGCGGGCUAGGACCUAGCGGGCCUGGAAGCGUACCACAACCACCGAGUGUAGGGCGCUGUACACCCACUAUAACCAGUCAACAGCAGCAGCAGGUACAACAAUCACAGCAACAAGGCGCACACUCGCAGUCAGAAGCACAAAUGAUAAGCACAUCAGGGACACCUGGUCCUCAAUGUGGCAGCAUAUCCAUCAAGAAAUUUGAGUUACACCAGCCGGCUUUGACUCCGCUCAGCUCUGAGCAUAUUAAAACUGAGCCGGGAUAUGGUCUGACGUCCUUGGCGAGUACUUGCAGCACUCGUAAUGGUCUACCGGAAGUAACAAUGGCAUCUGGGAUUUCAGCUGCAGAUGCUAUCAAUGAUUAUUGGAAAUCUUUUAAGACACCAGAUAUUAAAGUAAAAGAUAUCGACAGUUUCGCAAAUGACGACUGCUCAAAAUUUGACGUGCUUUACGAUUUUACGUUUCAGAAUGCCUGGGCGAAUCAUCCAAUGAAACGUUUCAAGUUGAAUGAGGCGGCCAAACCGUGUCGCAGCAUGUGUACCAAAAAUUUAUACGAAGGUCAUACUCACUCCAAACCGCUAAUGCCAUCACCGGGUUCUGUGUACGGAUCGCAGCUACUAUCUAUAGACGCUUCUUUGAAUCCGCUUUGCGGUUCUGCUAUGGAUGCAGCCUCGGUGGGUGGAAGCGCUUGUGGCGGCUUAGUGGGCAUAGCCGCACAUGGUUGCAAUAUGGCAAAUACCAAUGACAGCAGUAAAAGCAUUGAUGGGAAUGGAAGUGCGGGUGGAUACUUUCAAAGUCUGGAUAUACAAACGUCAGACGCACUGCAGGGUACAGCUUCCCCUUGCAAGGAGGGAAAAAUUAGCGCCAGUGGCAACCUUUACACCGCUGAAGGGUUAAAUCCAACAAUGAACGAUCUGGAGCAGCUUUUCGAAACAUCAAAUGAUGAAUGUGGCAGUGUGCAAAUACAUACCCCACCCGACUCGAACAACCCAUCCAACGGUACUACUACUACAACCACUAUUGAUGAUCUUAAACGAAGCACUGCAGUCGCAGCUGCGGUUGCCGCCGGAGCGGUUACGAUUGCUGCAUUACAAAACUGCAGUAACACAUCCAAUGCCUCCAAUACGUUGGUUAACAAUAGUAACAACAGUGGUGGCGGUACGGGCGGUCCCGGAAUGAUCCAAGCGGAGGAUUUGACAAAGAUGUUUCCUACACCACCUUCGCACGAGCAACAUCAUCCCAAUUCCAGUCCGUGUCAAAUGGAUAUCCAAAUGACGGAUCUCAGUGUGAUUACUGCAUCGACUACAAUGUCGACUAGCUUAGAGACGGGUAUGGGAAGCAUCAUUAAAUUCAAGCAAGAAUAUUCUGUCGAACUGGGCAGUCCCAUUGAAGAGACAAUCGAGGAUUGGUCCUAUGUUUACCGCCCGCCGAAACGUGCAAAGUUUGUGGGAUCGUCAAAAUAUGCACCACUUACGAAUUUGCCGAGUCAGACAUUGCCACCGCUGUCAAUAAAUUGUACGUAUAAACCGUCGUGGACGACGCAGAAAUCGCGUGCAGUGGUAGCAGCUCAGGCCGCAGCGGCUCAGCAACAACAGCAGUUACAGCAGCAGCAACUACAGCAGCAACAUCAACAAUUGCAUGAACUGCUAUCAGCAGCACCUCGCACUCCUCUCCAACAACCGCGGACACCGUUAGGACCUAUUCCAUCGCCAAUGCACUCCAACACGGUACCCACGCCGUUGAGCAGUGGUGGUGGCGGCAAUAAUUUAUUGCUGAACCAGCUUAAUUGUCCGCAAGCAGCACUCACAAAUACGCCUGGCAGUGCAAGUAUGCAGCAAAUGUUGCAGCGUGCUGGCAUGUCACCGAUAUCCCCGGCGCCUGCAUCGGUGGUACCGUUCCCAAUGAUGCAGCCACAGCGCCAUCCACCGCCACCAUAUGAAAUGGCUGUGGCUAGUCCGGCCACUUCAACCUCUUCGUAUUUGAAUAAACAGUAUCAUUCGCAAGAGCAUCCGCCAACGCCACAAAGCGUUGGAAUGCCUUCAACACAUCUUCCUAGACCAUUAAGUGCUGCAGGUAAUCUUUUAUCAUCUGGUGUAAACACAAGUGCAGCUGCAGCUCGGGAGUUGCCCGAAGUGAGUUCCCUAAUUGUCAACAUUUUGCUUUAUGAUACCGCGUUAAAUGUAUUCCGAGAUCACAAUUUCGAUAGCAGCACUGUGUGUGUGUGCAACGCGGAUUCUCAGAAGGUGGGUAACAUACGCGGCGCAGACUCUGGAGUUUAUGUACCUCUGCCGGGUGGAAGCUUUAAUCCGUUGCCACCGUCUGUGAAUGUCAAUGGUAGCACUGGUCCGGGAGGAGUUGGAGGUAGUAGCAGCGGCAGCGGGGGAGGGGUAAAUAUGCGAAUGAUAAGUACCUUUAGUGGCGGAAGUGCUUUAGAUUCACCUGCGUCGCUGCCAGGAACAUCAGGGCACACGGGGUCAGGCUCAUCUUCCUCAUCGAAUACGCCCGCUACCAAUCAGCAUAUAAAUGGCUACGUGGACGACGAUCCUGUAGAUUGCACCUGUGGUUUUAGUGCUGUAGUUAAUAGACGACUUGCAUUUCGAGCUGGUCUCUUUUACGAGGAUGAGAUGGAGAUUACGGGGGUAGCUGAAGAUCCCGGCCGAUAUAAGAAACAGUCGCUGCCUUCCAUUAUAGCAAAUUUAGCUACAGCUCUGAUGCCAUCUGGAUUGCCAUUUGGCACAACUUCAUUGCCUACGAAGGGCGGUAAUGCAUUGGUACCUGCAGCAGAAAAAGCAGAAAAAGGAAAUCACACACAACCAGAUGCGCAAGCUCUACAAAACGCACAUAUAAUUUUCGAUUUGCUAUUGGAACAGUGCUCGAUAAUUCAAACGUCCAGCAGUUCCAUAAAUCGAGCAAUGCAACGCCACCGACAUCGUUUAGCUAGACAUAGCCGACAACCAAAAUCUGUAGCUGCAAUAUCAAAUGUAUUGGAAUUCGUCGAUGCGAAUGAUGUAAUUUGUUUGGCGCUAGAACAAGCGAGAUUGGCUUUCGAAAACGACCGAAUGGAUGUAGGUGAAUUCGCUGGCCAGCAUCAACUGUCUCCUUUCCAUUCUGCGACGCCUGUGACUACCCGACGCAAUCAGAACCUGUUUGCCAGUCGACUAACAGUUCACAAAUGGCCGUACAUUCCAGUUGGCUUCUCUCGCAGCAACAAAGAGAUAGUACGUACUAUGAACUUCAUACAACCAAUGUUGCAAAAUGCAUUCCAUUCGAAAUCUCGAAGUGCAGCUGGUAGUAAGGAUGCUACUUACACUGUAAGCGGACCACUCACUUGGCGGCAGUUCCAUCGAUUGGCGGGACGUGCAUCUGGUCAGUGCGAACCACAACCUAUACCAUCGGUGAUAGUUGGCCAUGACAAGGACUGGGUUUCGGUAGCACCGUUAGCCAUCCAGUACUGGGAUAAAUUUCUGCUGGAACCUUAUUCGUAUGCGCGUGACAUUGUCUAUCUUGUUGUGUGCCCGGAAACUGAUUUUGUGGUGGACAAUACCAGAGUAUAUUUUCGAGAAUUGGGUUCGACUUAUGAGAUGUGUAAGUUGGGACGUCAUACUCCUAUUCGUGGCUGGGAUGGAUUGUUGACUGUGGGUCCGCGCACUCCGACAGAUAACAGCCCAAGUAGCACCCCGUUGGACGAUUGGCUGCGCACGUUAGACGAUUCGCAAUUAGCUGAGAAAAUACGAUUGUAUGCGAGCGCAUUUCAUAAUCAAAUAGUGCCGUACCUCAACCGUAUCCCCGGCGACAAGACACUGCUAAAUCCACCAGAACACAGCAGUUGCCAACCAGGAGGCGUACGCGAACGCGGCACAACUAGUCCCACGGGUGCCAUGAGUACAAUCCAUGGUGGGGUGGGUGGCGUUGAUCCAGAAAAAGCACAUAACUCGCCUAAAAUGGAGGGUGUGGAACAGCAACAACACCAACAACAACAGCAACAACAACAACAACAACACCAGCAUCAUCAACAACAACAGCAGCAACAAUCUUCUGCAGAAUCUGCCGAUAUGAAGCCAGAUAUAAAAGCAGAUAUAAAGCCACCAAUUGUGCUUAGCGAUCCCUUGGGUAUGGGUGACACAAUGGAAGAUAUAAAUCCACCAGCAAUAGUGCUUUACAUAGUGGAACCUUUCACAUUCGGAUCGGAUUCACCUGAAUUAGAGCGCUUAGCUUGCAUUGCACUGCUGCGUUGCUAUGCAGAACUACUGAAAUCUAUACCGGAAUCAGUGCGUGCUAAUAUUAACAUUCAAAUCAUAUCGUUGGACUCAAUACUUGAAUUGGGGCGAUCACGAUCGCGUAAACGUUUCUCGGACGAGAUCAGAUGCCUAGCCUUGAACAUUUUCUCGCAAUGCCGUCGACACUUAGUGCACACACAGGCCGUGAAGAGUCUAACUGGGUUCGGCACAGCCGCCAAUAUGGAAGCAUUCCUAAAGAGCAAAGACGAGAAGAACCGGCAGCCGUACAAAAUGUACACACCGCCUUAUGUGUUGGCGCCAAUGCACGAGAAAAAUGACAAAACAGAUUUCUCUCGCCAGUCGUCUAGCAUGCGUGCUCUGAACGAACAAAAAUAUUCUGUGAUGUAUUGCAACUAUUGCCUGAGCGAAGAUCAGAGUUGGUUGUUGGCAACUGUUACCGAUGAUCGUGGUGAGAUGUUCGAAAAGAUUAUAAUCAAUAUCAAUGUGCCAAACCGAACACGCAGACGCAAGGCACCAGCACGACGAGUCGGACUCAAAAAGCUGAUGGAUUUCAUUAUGGGAUUGAUCUCGCAGACGGCGCAUCCUUGGCGCUUGGUAGUAGGCCGCAUUGGGCGCAUAGGGCACAGUGAACUGAAGUCGUGGAGCUCUUUGUUGAGUAAACAAAAUCUGCAGAAGGCUUCAAAACAACUUAAAGACAUCUGUAAGCAGUGCUCACUAAUGUAUCCUCCCGGCAUACUCAGCGCCUGCUUGGUGACACUAGAGCCCGAUUCGAAGUUGCGUGUGAUGCCCGAUCAAUUUACGCCCGAUGAGCGGUUUUCCCAAAUAUCAAUGCAAAAUCCACUUUCUACACCACAGGAUGUGACAUGCACACAUAUACUAGUAUUUCCAACAAGUGCCGUUUGUUUGUCAUUUACGCGUCAAUUCCAAAACGAGCCGCAAGUUGAUUUGGAAAAUGAUUUUUUAAAUUUUGACGAAGAGGACGAAAACGAAGGAUUUACUGAUGCCGACCUCAUGGGCGAUCUACUUGAUUGGGACCCACAACCUGGUCGCAUGUUGAACCACUGCAGUCCUGAUCGUAUGGAAGAUAAUCGUAGUUGGCAAAGUGCUGGUGGCAACAAUUUCAAUUCUGCACAGCAACAGGAUGUAGAAGAGGUCGGCUCAAUAAAUCAACAACCGCUUGCAGUUGGUUACAUGGUUUCCACAGCGCCAACCGGUCGCAUGCCUUCGUGGUUUUGGGCAGCCUGCCCGCAUCUGGAGGAUGUUUGUCCCGUAUUUCUGAAAACGGCACUGCAUCUCCAUGUGCCAAACAUACAGACCACCGAUGAUAUACUUAACUCGACAAAUGCCCAUUCGUCAGCCACAGAUCACCCACUGGAUUCAUCACUCACUGCCGAUGUGCUGCGUUUUGUAUUGGAGGGUUACAAUGCUUUGUCUUGGCUGGCAUUGGACUCGAACACACAUGACCGUCUCUCAUGCCUGCCGAUUAAUGUGCAAAUGCUUAUGGACCUUUACUAUCUUACAUCAGCGAUUAUGUAAAAACUAAGUGUGAAUAGAUAAAGAUAAAUCAGAACAGAUUGUAUGUAUAUAAAGGUCGUCAAUUGUGUAAUUAUCAUUAAGCAUUAAGGUUGAGCAAAUCGAGCAAAGGUGAGGCGGCAAAAGCGAAUAAUGUGCAGUAUUUUUUAUAUAAUAUUUGUGUUGAAAGUCGAUAGUGCGAAUUUGAUAAUUUGAUUGUUGCAAUUUUAGGUAUUUUUUAGUUUAAAUUAUCGAUGACCUUUCAAAGAGUUCAAAGAUGGUUGCAAUUGUGUUUAUGCAAUCUACUAUUGUGUGUUUUAUAUUUAUUAUAAAGUUUGAACGUUUAAGCGAAGUUAAGAAGCACAAGAAACAAUUACUUUAAUAAAACACCACAUAACUCAAUGAAUACACGUGGAAGAAAAAAGUUUUGAAUUCCAAACACAUUUGUCAGUGCGUGCUACAUAUGUGUGCAAAAAAUAUACAACAAUUUAAACGCCCAAUAAAUUUUUGGUCUCUAAGCGUUGAGUGUUUACAACAACGCGAGCAUUAGCGUGCUUCCGUUUGCAAAACUUCCAAAAACCUUAACAUGGCUCUAAUGUUUUGAAAACCAAUGGGACCAAUAUAUGGGAGAAUAUUUCGCCAAUAUGUAGAUAAUUUGUUUGUCUGCAUAAAACAUUUCAUAUUGAAAUAAGGAGUGAAAAAAAAACUCUCCUACCAUUUGGCAUUUAGCAGUAUAACCAGCGAUACCAAAAGCAUAAUAAGCAAGUACCAUUACCUCACCUUAGAGUUUGUGCUCAAUGCAUAUGCUAUUUAUAUAUGUAUGCACAAUAUAUUUGCCAAUCAAUACAUACGGAUUACGGUUGUCAAAAAUAUGUAAACCCCAAUAAGUUUGAAACAGCUUAUGCUGCUAUUUGACCACAGUAAAUCUUUUUACUACUUCAAUGACUACUGGUUGAGCCUUGACAUGAGUUUGUAGCUUAUUAAAAAUAUAGCAUUUUUCAAAUUAUUUUAAAGUGUUUUAAUAUGUCCCGUUAUGGUCCGAAUGUGUGAAGAAAUUUGCAUACAAUUUUAAAAAUUGCUUUUCCAUCGAACAAACCCGCUUCUAUUCGUGUUAUUUUACUAUUCUAACGCAAAAACAUAAAUUGCCUUAUAUUUCACACAAUAGUGUAGAUUAAAAAUUGAUAAAAUAAAAAUAAAAAACAAAAACGGAGUGACACACUAGAUUUUAAUAAUGAAUAAGCAUUAUUGGUAUUUAUAUUAUAUGACUUUACCAUUUUUGUAAAUAAAUGUAUUUUUAAGCUAAAAAGCAGGUAUACUUAAACGAAGCAAAAAAUAUUAAACAUUUUUAGAUAUACAAAUAAAUUAUAUAAAGUACAGAACAAAUCUAAUAAUACAGAAUUAUGGGAAAAAAUCACACAGCAUUUUACUACAAUUCAGAGGCGGCUGGCCGCGGAGCCACCAUUGAUGCGUCUGGAACCGAGGCGUAGCAAUUGCAUAACUUUAAGUUUACUAAUAUACAAUAGAAUAAAAUAGAAAUACGAAAUGAAGGAUGAAAGUCGAAUUAAAUUCUAACUAUAAAUGAUACAUUAAGCAUGAUUAUAUUUAUUUUAAGUGUAGUUGUAGCAUAACUGUAAUUUUAUACAUAAUUUUAUGUGUACGGGGAGCGAAUAGCUGUACAUGCUGAACUAAUAUAAUACACAAUUUAUGUUAUUGGUAAAUACAAUUAAUAAUUAAUUACAUAAGAACAUUUAACGUGUGACGACAUAUAACUAUAAUAGACAAAUAUAUAUAUAUAUAUGUAAAGUACAUUUAUGUAUAUAUAUUUCUAUGCAUAUGAGUAUGCGUAUGCAUAAUUUAUAUCAGUUUUGAGGCAAAGGUUAAUGGAAAAAAUCAUUUCAUCGAUGGCUUUUGCGGAAUCAUUUGCGCAGACGAACAGUUUCAGAUAUGUACAUAUGUAGAUUUGCAUUUGUGCUGUAAAUAUGUAUGUAGUUUGAACGCGAGUGGUGUAGUAAAACAAAAAAUGUAUGUGAGAGAAUGUACAUAACGAAGCUAUGUAAAAACUGAAUGAAGGGAGUGAACAGAAGUAGCAACUAAAGUAAACAACUAUUAAUUUUUCACAAAAGAAAAGCUAAGCAUAAAUAAAUAAAUAAGUAAAGAGCAAAGUAAUUUAAAUAUAAAAGGUUUUAAUAAAUUAGUUAACAUGCAAUUUGUUUAGUAAAUGUACAUAUGCGCAUAUAUAAUAUUAUGUACGUAUAUUGUAAUAUUAUAUAAGUAUGUAUGGUAACUGCACAAAGUCACACCAAUUGCACGCAAACGUAAAUAAUGUUUACCUUCGUUAAUGUCUUAAGUUAUUCUGAGAGCGAACAGUGUAUCACCUUGUACCGUAUGUAUGCUAAAGCGAGUGCGUAAUAUUUAUUCUAGCAAAAGAAGAUCUUAAAAUUUAAUUUACUCCUUAUCCAUGUCAUGACAAAAACAAACAGAAUUUAGUGAAGUGUAUCGCGCAUUUGCUGGGAGAGUGUCAUAACUCAAAAAUUCCAAAAAUUCGAGUAAAAGGGCUUCAAAGUUUUUAAACGUAUCUAAUGUUUUUUGUCAUGGGGUUUUUUCAAACGCAAAUUCAACAAUACGAGUACAUACAAAAAUAUGAUGAUAUUCGCAGCAAUAUUUGGUUGCCUUGAAAUUAUCAAUGCAAAGAGGCAGAUAUACUCUAUUCUCCAAUUGCUUGAAAAACAACUAUAGUAUCUGCAACUCCUCUCUAAUAGAACAGUUUAUCGCAUAGGAGCAUGUUGAUCGUUUUCCUCUACUAUGAUUUAGACACGAGCGGCUCGUAGGAUCUUUUGUUUAUGUGCUUAUGUGGAGAAUACGAAAAACCCCACUCUGAAGGAGAAAAUACAUAACCAACCAGCUAUUGGCUAAUGCUCUAGAACACUGCUAUUGACUUAACCCUUAACGGCCGGGAGCUUGUUUUUGUAAUGCUCGCCCAUAAGACGACGGAGAAUUAGGUAAAAUUCUAAAACAUUUAUAAGGAUGAAAACUUAAACUAAACAUUUAAACUGAUUUAUUUCGAUAUGAAUUCAAUAUAUUUAUUUGAUUUAUAAUUGUGAUUAUGAUCAACAAACCAGGGAUGUGCAAAGUUGCAAUAUUUGUUAAAGAAAACUACAGCGAUGAUAAAUAAAUGAAAUGAAAACUGAAUUCUUUUCAUGUCCCCGUAGAGGGGCCUUUCGGCCGUUAAGGGUUAAAACACAUCAAGAGGAGAAUCCAAAUUGCUUAAGAAUUAUAUGUUUCACAUAAGGCUGUAAAAAAGAUUAGUCCAGAUAAUUUUCUAAAAAUCACAUUCUCCUCGUCAUUGUAAAAACUGUGCCUUUUCAGACUUUUAGCCCUUUGCAAUUUUCUUCUUUCUAAUUCAAUAAACGAUAAGUGAGAAAAAAA